AUGAAAUAAGCUAUUUUAGAUUUUAUCAAUUAAGGUAUACUUAUAACAAAGCCAAUCGAUACAUUCUAUACAUAACAAUUUGAAACUUUUACAAAUGAAUGCUACAAUUGUCUUAUUGCAUUUUACAAAAAAUAGUAAAGCAAUGAUAAACUUAAGAGUGCUUAUAUAGCUCUUAUGAAUAUUGUACAAAAUCCUAAAGUUGAAAAUCUAAAUCUUUUAAUAUUUUGUGCCACCUAUAUAGCCUAAAAGAGUUUUUAUUACCAAUAAAAUCUAAAUGAAUUACAUACAAAGAAUAAUGAAAGGAUUCAUUUAGAUUGUUACCACAUUAUAACCUUCACACUAAAUGGAGUAAUAGUAUCUGAUCAGUAUAUUGAAUCUAACCUCAAAAAAUACUUUACAGAUAAAUUCUUAGAUUAUACAAAAAAAACAGCUCCACCACCAUAAUAUGUUAAACCCACUAAAUUUUUUGGUCGUCCUGUUGAAUUCACUAAAUUAGAAAGUGAUGAAGGAUCAGAAUUUGCUUAAACUCUAUCAGGUAUAUUUAAACCACCAAAUAAACAUAAGAAACUUUAAAUUGUUGAAGAAGAAACAUAAUAUUAAGUUAGACAAUAAUUUAAAUCACCUCCUUUAAGAAGAAUGAAAAUUGAUAUUAAUUCAAUUUCACCUUCUCUUGCCUCUGCCUUACAUAGAACUAGUUUAGGAUUCGAAAAACCUAAAAUUAUUAAUCAUCCCAUCAUGAAAUCCUAAUUAGGCGAUAUUAAUUUUAUGUAAAGACUCAAAGAUCUUGAGUCGGAUGGUGAACAAAAAUUAGAUAACAAAAUCUAAAGAUCUCAUAGACAUAACAUAAUUGAAUAACAUAAUCUUACAUAUCCUCCAAAAGAAUAUUUUUAAAAAAAUGUCAAAGUCGAUGCAUUAUUUAAGAAUUUUCUAGAACUCAAAUAUGUCUUAGAUCAAAGAAAAGAAACCAUGAGUUCCAUUAAAGACAUAAAUGAUUAUUAACCUAGAAUACCCUUUGUUCCUACUUAUACUCCAUAUUUAUAAAUAGAAAGUUCUUAACCUAAAAAAUAGUAAUUCAUACAAAAAAGCAGUUUCGAAAUAUUCCCACCAACUAAUGAAAUAGACAAAGCUAAUAUUAGUAAAUUUGAUAUUCAUGCUUCUACUACUAAAUCAACUAUUAACAAUUAAGCAAAUACAACAUUCUUCUUUAAAACAAACAAUAAUAAACCAUAAUCCUUAUCAAAAAAUUCAACUCAAAAUUCAUUCUUUCAAUAUGUAAAUAAACAAAAAGAAUACAAGUAAUAAUUUGAUAGAUUCCUCUCGAAUGAAUCAUCCCCUGAUAGAAAUAUUAAUUAAAUCAAUAGUCAACUAUUGAAAAAAUAAAAUUUCUUAAAGAAAAGCUUGUAAAGAUUAAAAAAAUGA